AGUCCAACAAACGAGUAGUCGAUUGCUUUCGCUCUUCAAACCUCAUCAAUGGCGACUCCGAUUCAGACAAAGUUCUUCCCCAACCUCUUGUUCUUCCUUUCGGUCGCGCUUCUGCUUACCUCCGCCGUAUCAGCUUACGAAUUCCGCGUCGGAGGACCCCGAGGUUGGACGAAGCCCACUGGAGAUGAGUUGGAGAACUACAACCACUGGGCCACAAAGAAUCGCUUCCAUGUUGGAGAUUCCUUGUAUUUCAAGUAUGAGAACGACUCGGUGCUGGUGGUGGACAAGAACGCGUACAAGGAAUGCAACACGACGGAUCCGCAACUCAAGUUCGUCGACGGCAACACCACGUUCAGGUUCGACCGCCACGGCUACUUCUACUUCAUCAGCGGCAAGCCGGGCCACUGCGAGGCCGGGGAGCGGCUGAUCAUUCGCGUGAUGGUGCACUCGGAGGUGAUGCCAGGAGCAGCUCCAUCAUCUCAGCCGGGCGGCGGUUCGGCUAACACGGAGUCUGGUGCUGCCUUGAAGACCACUACUGCUGCUUCUGUGUUGAUGGCAGCUCUUGGAUCUCUCUUCGCUAUUUCCCUGUUCUCCUAGAUUAAGCUUUA